AUGGCCCCGCUGCCGGGGGCGGAGCUGGUCCAGAGGCCACUGCAGCUCUACCGAUACUUGCUACGCUGUUGCUGGCAGCUGCCAACCAAGGGCAUCCAGGAGCAUUACAAACAUGCUGUCAGGCAGAGCUUCAGGGUUCAUUCAGAUGAAGACAACCCUGAGAGAAUUCAGCAAAUUAUUAAAAGAGCCAUUGAAGAUGCCGACUGGAUCAUGAACAAAUAUAAAAAACAAAACUGAGGAUCCUGGGCCCAAAGAGUGAAGCUGCCCUAACAACACUUGAACUUGGGAGACAUCUCUUCUUCUGGAAUGAAUCAGCAGCUGCAGCUCUGGAAUAUUCAUUGACCCUGUUGGCUUAGAGAGCAAGCACUCAGGGGCAGGGGAAGCUGACGUUUGCUCCAACACUCUGCUCGCCGUGGUCAUGUUUCCAGCAUCCUUCAUGUUUGCUCUUCCAGCCAGUCGUGAUGUGAAAUUUGAGGAGAAUGUGGUAUUUUUUUGUUUUUUCUGUGUGUUUUUUAUUUUUGUUUUUUUGUUAUUUUACUUUGCUCUGAAAAUGAUUCAUUUAUUCUGGAGGUCUCUUUACCACUCUUUGAGUCCCAGAGCGGAUGUCCCCUCAGGUGGCAGGUUGUACAGAAGAAAGAGCGUGCGUUUUAGAACCAGACAGAUCUGGAUUUGAAUCCCAGCCCCGUGGCUCUUCAAGAGUGUUGCCUUCAAGCUCAGUCUCCUCCAUUGUGAGGAUUACAUAAAGUGAAGUGAAGUGCCUAACACAGGACGUGCACGCGGUGUGCCAGCCGCGCCCCUCCCUGCUCCCCCAGCGCUCUGCUCAGCAGACACCGCGUCGGGCCUUGGUUUUGUGUUUGUGAGCUUAUCCCAGCCCUGCUUGUCACCUCACAGCCCUCACAGUUUUACCACGCCCAGUAUUCUGCCAGGGAACUGCUCUUCUUGGCCACUAUUUCUCCAUGGCCCAGGGAAGUAGAAGGCCUGCUGCUUGAAUUCAAGCAAUUUACAGUGUCCUUGAAAUGGUGAAAAGUGUGCCAUGUGAACCUGUGACCUGUCUUGACUGGCCUUUCCCUGCCUUGCCACUGUCAUGGAAGGAAGGAAGGAAGGAAGGAAGG